AUGCCACCUCCUAUAUCUUACCGUAGCUUUGCUUAUGUUUUCCAAGGUUAUUUCAUGCUAUUUGUAAUGUUUGUGCAAAGCCAGACUAAGCCAUUAAUCUUAAAGGAAUGCUUGGAUCAUAGGAAAACCAAUUUUACAUUUCGUACUCCUGGCGAAAGGUCUCGGCCCGAAACAUUGACAGGGCUUCUCCUUAUAGAUGCUGCCUGGACUGCUGUGUUCUACCAGCAUUUUGUGGAGAUGAACAGAAGAUCCAUCAAAAUGGUUGAUUUCACAACUGUACUGAUCAGCCUCCUCUUUGCAAUGAGUUUACCAUCUGCUAGCUCUCAACAGACUGCUUGCAGGGACGCCACAGUUGCUGACAUUGUCCUUGUGAUAGAUGGUUCAUCAAGCGUAAAGGAUGACAACUUUCAAAACAUGAAGAUAUUUCUGCAUAAAUUUGUUCGUGGACUGGAUAUUGCAAGCAACAAAGUGAGGAUUGGGUUGGCUCAGUACAGCACAGAUCCAAAGACUGAGUUUCUUCUGAAUACGUAUUUGUCAAAAGAGAACGUAUUAGACCAUAUAAAAAAAUUGUCACAAACGAAGGGUGGGACAAAUGUGACAAAAGUUCUGGAAUUCCUGGACAGAGAACAUUUUGUUAUGUCAGCAGGGAGUAGAAUCGAAGAAGGUGUGAAACAAAUUGCCAUUCUGAUCACUGAUGGAGGAUCUAUUACUGAGGCAGCCAAGGCAGCUGAACAGCUGAGAAGCAGAAAUAUCACAAUUUUUGUCAUUGGAGUUAAUGUCCAACCAGCAAAGGCACUCAGACUUUUAUCCAGUAAACCAUUUAAUAAAUAUGCCUACAACAUUGCAAGAUUUGACAAACUGUCCGAGUCAGAAUUUUCAAACAGAUUUUUGGAGUCGGUGUGCAGGGUUGUUGUAGACUAUAUCCAAGCCUAUGCUGUGGAUUAUGCUGAUGUCGUUUUUCUAGUUGAUACUUCUCUGAAGAUGGGGUCUGCAGGAUUUCAACGGAUCCAAAAAGCUAUUUUGAAUGUUGUUUCUCAACUUGAGAUUGGGGCAGACAAGUUCCAAGUUGGUCUUGCUCAGUACAGUACUGGUUUCUAUACAGAAUUCUUACUGAGUGCCUUCCAAACAAAUGCUCAAGUGACGCGUUACAUAAAGGAUCCCAGUAACUUUGUAUUUCAGGGACGACUUGAGCCAGCAAUGGGCAAUGCCAUUGAUGUUCUGAACAAGGGUUUCUUCAGAGUGUCUGCUGGAAGUCGACGAGCUCAAGGAGUUCCUCAGAUUGCUAUAAUAUUUUCUUCGGCACCUUCACUGGAUGAUGUCACUGCAGCUGCCAGGGAGAUAAGAAAACAAGGGGUGAAGGCUAUUGCUGUUGGUGUGAAGAAUGCUAACCAGACUGAGCUGGAGAAAAUAGCCCCUCCUGAAUUUAUUUUCCAGAGUGAUGAUUUUGGAGUAUUUGCUCAGUUACCAAGCAAAAUAUACAAUGCAAUCAAGCUGAUAAUAAAACAGGAAUAUCUAUACAAAAUAUAUGAAAGAUCAGCAGCAUGCACGACUGCUUCAAUUGCUGAUGUUGUCUUCUUGGUAGACACAUCUGAUGACAUUGGAGUCACCAACUUUCAGUUAAUCCGUGGUUUUCUACAAGGCCUAAUCAAUACACUGGACAUAACAGCUGACCGUGUCCGUGUUGGUUUGGCUCAGUACAGUGCCUUACCAAAAGAAGAGUUUAAACUAACAACCUAUCACAGCAAGAGUGACAUCUUGGAUCAUGUAAGAUCAAUGCCCUAUAGAGGGGGAAGAGGAAGAAAGACCAGCGCUGCCCUUCACUUUGUAAGGGAAAAUUAUUUUACAGCACUGUCUGGCAGUCGUGUCAAGAAAGGAAUCCCCCAAAUGUUGUUUUUGAUUACUGGUGGUGAAUUCCAGACUGAGGAUGAGGACAGUGCAAUCUCACUGCGUCGUAAUGGUGUUAAUAUUUUUACCCUGGGCAUUGGGAAUGUCACCGAAAACGAGCUGGAGAAAAUUGCUUCGUAUCCAUCAAAACGCUAUGUUUUAAGAUUAGAGGAUUUCCUCAUGCUGUCACCUGCCGCAGACAUCUUACAGAAUAGGAUUUGCCUGGAGGUUAUCUCUCAAACCUCAGGGACAGCUGUCGAAGAGAACAUCAUUAAAGAAGCCUGUACUAAAACUGAAGAAGCUGAUAUUUACUUUCUGGUUGAUGGGUCGUCCAGCAUUUCAGCAGAGAGCUUCAUGGAAGUAAAACAAUUCCUGAUCAAGGUUAUUAAAGAUUUUACUAUUGGUGCAAAUCAGGUUCGCAUUGGGGUUGUCCAGUAUUCAAAGGAUCCACAAACUGAAUUUACAGUCACUGAAUAUACCAAUAAAACUAGUUUGGAGGAAGCAGUUGAAAGAAUUUCUCAAAUUAGGAAAACAACUUGGACGGGCCGUGCAUUAAGUUACAUGAAAGAUCUCUUCAGCAAAGCAAAGGAAAGCCGCAAACAUGAAGUGCACCAGGUCCUGAUCACUCUCACCGAUGGAGAGGCAGAUGAUAAUGUAGAAGAACCCGCAAGAGAUCUGAAACAGCAGGGAAUAAUCUGUUAUGCAAUAGGAGUAGGGAAGGCAAUUGAAGAAGAACUUAAACAGGUUGCAGGAGGAACUGAAGAAAGAGUUUACUAUGUCACUAACUUUGAUGCAUUGGAUGAUAUAAAGAAUAACAUUGUGCGGGCAAUCUGUUCACAGGAAGCAUGCAGCAAAAUGGGGAAGAGUGACAUCAUUUUCCUAAUCGAUGGAUCAGGAAGCAUAAGUCCCACGGAUUUUCAGAAAAUGAAAGAGUUUAUGCAUAGCUUUGUGAACAGGACCACUAUUAGUCCAGAGAAUGUGCACAUGGGUCUAAUACAAUAUGCUGCUGACUACCGUCUAGAGUUUAAUCUUGUUAGAUAUUCAUCUCAAGAUGAUAUACGCAAGGCAAUUACUGCAGUGCGGCAAAUAGGAGGAGGGACUAUGACUGGCUCUGCCCUGAGCUUUACAGAGGAGUACUUUGCCCAAUCUAAAGGUGGUCGGCCUGGAAUCCCACAAUAUCUCAUAGUGAUCACUGAUGGAGAGGCACAGGAUGAGGUUCUGGGCCCAGCAACAUCCAUCAGGAAUGAAGGAAUCAUAGUAUUUGCCGUGGGUGUAUCGGAAGCCAACGUAAGUCAGCUUCUGGAAAUUGGAGGAUCUCAAGAUAAAGUUCAUUAUGUUGAAGACUUCACUCAACUUGAAGAUCUGGACCAAAAAAUAUACUGGGAAAUCUGCAGUCACGUUGACACCUGUCUGAGAACAGAUGAAGCAGACAUUGUUUUUGUAAUUGAUGGAUCCAUUAACACAGAGCCAGAUGAGUUCAAGCAGAUGAAAAUUUUCAUGUUAAAUAUGGUGAACAAUUCAGUUGUUUCCUCCAGCAAUGUGCAGUUUGGUGCCAUUCUGUACAGUGAUGCACCUAAUAUCCUAUUCCAGCUGAGCCAAUCUAUGAGCAAAACAGAGAUCAGCGAAGCCAUAAACAAAAUGAGCUUAGCAGCAGAAGCUGCCGAUAUUACACCUGAUCUUAAGCUGGCAAAAGAGCUUUUAGCAAACGGAAGCCGAAGCCUAAAAGGAGACUCACAGUUCAUCACAGUGAUGACUAACAGGAAAGACAUAGAUUCUUUGCAACAAUCAUUAGAGGCAGACAUUGGACAGAGUGAAGCGACUGUCAUCACCGUGAGUCCAUCCAGUGGCAAAGAAGAAGUGCUGGUGGGAAUACUAGAUGUUGAUAAAAAACGUUUCAAUAAUCAAAAAUUUGACAGCAUGGUUGAUGUAAUUAAAAAAACAUCUGAGCUGAUUUGUAAUAAAACUAAUCCAGAUUGUGUCCUCGAGAAAGCAGACAUUAUUUUCCUCAUGGAUGGGUCAUCAAGUAUUAAUAAGGUUGAUUUUGACGAGAUGAAAUCUUUUCUGAAACGCCUGAUUGACAUUUUUACUAUCCACCCAAGUAAAGUCCAGAUUGGUCUGGCGCAGUUCAGUUCAGAGUUCCAAAAAAUAGCUGACUUAAAAGAUUUCUCAACAAAAGAAUCCUUGCAGGCUAAACUUGACCAAGUAACUCAAAUGGGAGGAGGUACCAGAAUUGGAUUUGCCCUGCAAAAUUUGGUCUCCAUGUUCACAAAGGAAGCAGGUAGCCGGAGUGCCACUGGAGAACCCCAAAACCUGGUUGUGCUCACCGAUGGAGAAUCACAAGAUGAAGUGGGUCCUCCAGCUGAUCGCUUGAGACAGGAUAAUAGAAAUAUAUUUGUUGUGGGUAUAGGGAAUGUAAAACCGAGACAACUUCUGCGAAUCUCAGGGUCCAGAUCAAACAUCUUUCAGGUUCAGAAUUUUCAAGGCCUGAAGAAAAUUAAAAAAAGGUUUGUCCGCAGUAUCUGCACAGAAAGACCAUCAUCAGUAUGCUCCAUCGAUAUUGCUAUGGGACUAGAUCUCAGUAAUCAUGUGGGAUUUCUGGAAUCACAUGGCAGUCAUCUGAUUGGCAUCAUUGAGAGAAUGAUGGAUCUCCAGAACAUCAGCUGCAAGUCAGGCAAUGGUAUCACAACUAAGAUUGGAUUUCACCGAUCGAGUUCGAAUUUUGAUCUGCAAUUUAAGCAGUUUAAGUCUAAUGAAAUAAGGGAAGAACUAAUGUCAAUGCAAAAUGACAACAGGAUCUUGAACGCCGAUUAUCUGCAAUCUUUUUCGAGGCUAUUUAGUCUGAAAGCAGAAGGAAAUGUGAAGGUAAUUGUAAUAGUUACAGAUGGAAUAGAUGAUGAAAUUAAUAAAUUAAAACAAGUAUCAGAAAAACUCCGACUUAAAGAGGAUAUCCAUGGACUGAUCUUCGUUCCCCUGGAAGGAACAGAAAAUGCUGACAAAAUUGCUGAACUGGAGUUUGGAAGAGGGUUUGGUUACCGAGAGGAACUGAUGAUUAACAAGCCGGAUAUUGGAAAUGAAUUAUUGAAAGCAAUUGACACAAUUGCAGAGAGAGAAUGCUGUAAAAUAAUUUGCAAGUGCUCAGGGCAAUUAGGAAAUAGAGGAGAUCGAGGAAAAAGAGGAUCUUUGGGGCUAAAAGGUCAAAAAGGAUUUCAAGGAUAUGAAGGUGAAGAGGGCAAAGAGGGUAGCAGGGGAGGUCCAGGUAUUACUGGAGCUCGAGGAGAAGAUGGAUGCCAAGGUCCCAAUGGCCACAAGGGAUCAAGAGGGCGUAGAGGACAGAAGGGUGACACGGCUGCCAAUGGUUUGGUUGGAAUAGUUGGAGAGGAGGGAGAUCCUGGAAUUCCUGGAGUCGAUGGAGAAAAAGGGGCUGAUGGAAAUACUGGAAGCAAAGGCAUUCAAGGACCUAAAGGUGACCGUGGAGAACCAGGUCUACAAGGGGACACAGGUGCAUCUGGUGUAGAUAAUUACUCUAAAGGAAGGAAGGGUGACAAAGGACAACGUGGUAUACAGGGUGAAUUUGGGCAAAGAGGUAGACCAGGCAAGGUUGGUCAAGAUGGAAAUAAGGGACGACCUGGUCGGAGAGGAGCUAUGGGUAUUGAGGGUCGCAGUGGACAACCUGGUACCAGAGGAUCCCUUGGGCCCCCUGGAUUCCAAGGCCAAAAGGGAACUAAUGGAAUUCCUGGUCUCCCUGGAAGAAAAGGAGAGAUUGGAUUGUCAGGACCUCAGGGCUCAAUUGGAGAUAAAGGCUUCAGAGGUCACAAAGGAAGUGAUGGAUUCAAAGGGCAAAAGGGUGAAGAUGGACCAAAGGGCCAGAAAGGAGAGUUUGGAAGAACUGGAGUUCGUGGACUACAGGGCAUGGAUGGGAUUGAUAUGGUUGGAAAUCCUGGACCAAACGGACGAAAGGGAGAACCUGGAUUCCCUGGUUAUCUUGGUCCUCAGGGACCAGAUGGUGACCCUGGAACUCCUGGUGAAAGAGGCCCUAAAGGAUCAAGAGGACGCAGGGGGGACUCUGGUCAACCUGGUGAGCCUGGAAACCCAGGAGAAGGAGGAGCUCCAGGAACAAGGGGUUUGAAAGGAUCACAAGGGAAAACAUCCAUUGGCUCAUGUGAACUCCUGUCAUAUAUUCGAAACAAUUGCCCUUGCUGUUCAUCAAAAAGCUCUGAGUGCCCUGUUUAUCCUCUGGACCUGGUGUUUGCAUUGGAUUUGUCUUCAGAUGUUUCUCCAGCUAAAUUUAACAGAAUGAAGAGAAUAGUGAAAGAAUUGGUGCAGGAUCUUAAAAUAACCAAAGGUACUUGCCCAGAGGGAGCACGUGUGGCAGUUCUUACCUACAGCUCCACACCAAAAAUGUUCAUACGAUUCUCAGAACACAGGAGUGUGGAGAAAUUUCUGCAAUCACUGCAGGAUCUAGCUUAUGAACGGUCAGCUAGAAGGCAGGAUAUUGGAUCAGCAAUGAGGUUUGUUGCAAGAAAUACUUUCAAGCAUACUCGUGGUGGCAUUCUUACCAGAAACGUAGCAGUAUUUAUUACUAAUGGACCAUCUGAAGACAAGUCAGCAAUCGUGACCGCAGCUCUCGAGUUCAGUGCCUUGGACAUCACCCCAGUUGUCAUUUCUUUUGCUGAUGUCCCUGACAUACAGCUUGCCUUCCAGGUUGAUGAUACAAGAACGUUUCGAGUAGCCUCAUUGUCAGAACAGCAGCGACAAGUCCAGGAGCAGUUACGCACAAUCCGAUUAUGCACCUUGUGUUUCGAUAUGUGUCAACCAAGGGCCCAAUGUCAACACAAUAUGUCCCCACCUCCAAUCUCAAUCAGCAUGGACAUGGCUUUUGUUGUUGAUGGUUCACACAAUAUGAAAACAAUGGACUUUGAAAGAAUUAAGUAUUUCCUCACUUCAAUGCUGGAUAUGUUUGUGAUUUCAAGAAGACCAGACAUCAGUGAUAAUUAUGCCAGGGUGGCAAUGGUACAGCACUCACCAGCAGAUUACGUCCCUGGUACUGGUCAAAAGCCAGUCAAUCUGGAAUUUGGGUUUUUGAAGUACAACAGCAAAAAUAUAAUGAAGAAGUACAUUAAAGAAUCAUUUAAUAAGUUAGAUGGACCCUCUAGGGUUGGCCAUGCUAUUGAAUGGACCAUGAAUAAUGUUUUUAGCAGCAACCCAGUUGCACGCCGUCAUAAAGUGAUCUUUGUAAUACUUGCUGGAGGAACAAGUGCUCUUGGCAUGGAAAGGCUAAGCAUAGUGUCUAAGGAAGCAAGGUGCAAAGGUUUUGCGGUCUUUACAGUUUUCCUUGGUAAGGAAACUGGCAGAUUCAACUUGGAUACAACUGUUAGUUUUCCGUUUAACCAACACUUUCUUCACCUUGGUGGGCUGCUUGAUUCUGAAAUGAAUUACGCCAAAAGGUUCGCUCGGGCCUUCCUGAAAAGUCUCACACUUGAAAUCAAUGACUACCCUCCUCCACAAUUAAAGGAGGAAUGUGACGCUUUACCUGGACAUAUAAGAGAAUAUAAUCUCAGAAUUGCAGCAAAUGAUUACCUAAUUCCAGAAUGGAGCUACAGAGCUGACUGAUCCCUCGACAAUGAUAUGUGAAGAUGUUAGGGCGAUGACUUAAAGUGGUACUUUGACGACGGUCUGCAAGUUUGUCAACAAUUCUGGUAUGGCGGAUGCGAAGGAAAUAAGCAUCAAUUCAUUACCCUUGUAAAGAAAUCUGCCUCAAAUCACACUAGAAAAUGUUGUAGCAAUUAUGUGCAGUGAAAAUCAGCAGAUGCUAGAAAUCCAAGCAACGCACACAAAAUGUUGGAGGAAUUCAGCAGGCCAGGCAGCAUAUGUGUAAAAGAUUGACCGAGACCCUUCAUCAGGACUGAGCGGUCUCGACUGUUUACUGUUUUCCAUAGAUGAUGCCUUGCCUGCUGAAUUCCUCCAGCAUUGUGUGUGAUGUGCAAUGAUACAAUUGUUUCAGAAUCUGUAUGCUUGAGGGCUCAGUAUCCUUAUCCUAUGAAUUAGUCAGAAAAUAUCAACUUUGACUUGGGCCAUGGUUGUAUUUGAACCUGGAGUGUGGUGGAAGAGAGCAAUGUCAGCCAGGAGUCCAGCUACAGACUAAAAUGAUCAUCCUUUUUGCUGGAAUUUUCUGCUUGAGCAAGUAAAUAAGAGUAAAUGGCUGUGAUGCCCAUUGUAAUUGAAUAGCUCUCAGCCAUUCAGUGUUGAGACUCAUUCAUUUGCAAUAACUCUUGUAGUACAAGGAGUGCAAGGCUUCAAGAGGAACAGAAUUCAUUCUACAGGGAAAUUGACAUAGAAGAGAUAAACAAGCAUUAAGUAUAAAUAUGUAAAUUGUAUUAUUUUAUUUGCACAAAUUAGAAGUUAGUUUUAAAAAAAAAAUAACAUGUGUCUGUUUCCAAAGUGCAAGACCAGUACUUCUGAAGAAUAGAUGUUGAAACUUGUAAAUAUAUACUGCUCAUAACGUGAAUCUACCUUAGACCUUAACGAGUCCUUAGUGUGCUAGAUCCUGCGUCAGGGCAUGGAAACGCUCCAUUAGUAACCAGGAUAACUUCAUUUCAUUAACAUGUCUUUGUCGUAUCAUGUAGCGUACUCUUGAUUUUCUUUAUUCGCAGCAAAUGUUUAUACUCAGAAUUUGUUCAUGUAUGUGUUCAUCUACAAAAAAUACUGCUUUUUGAUUUGAAAUAAAAUAAAGUAACCCAAAGCUACA